UUUAUGCAUCAUGGCAUCACGUUCUCCUCCACCAGUCUUACACACUGAUUUUGGAUACAGAGAAACAGAUACACGACUACAGUCAGUAAUUAUUAUAGAACUAGAGAGUGCUUCUGAUCAGUGGAGCUGAAGAAAUUGAUGUUAUGCUUGAUUGGUGUAUAAAAUAAGCAAUUCCACCGUAUGAACAGUAGUGUAGUAUAUAGAACUUUAGUGUGCUACACGCUACACCUCCUCCAGCUCCCUCUCUUCCUCUGCCUGGUCUCAGAACAGCCCUGAUGUUAUAAAUAGAGGGGAGGGGUCUGCGUUACUCCUGCAAAAGCAGCUCUCUGUGCAGAAACGCUCCACAUGUGGGCAGAAUGAGGCUGGAAGCAGCAAAGUGAGCAAAUGACUGGUUUACCAGAGCUGUAUAUGAACUGAACUCAGGAUCAGAGAUCAGCAGUAAAAUGGGCUUUAAUCUGGUUGGGAUUACAGUAACUUUGCUGGUGUCUGUAAGCACUGGAUGGGCUGUGGAAUAUAAAGAGCAGGAUGUCUUAACCAAGAGAUUGAGGCGUCAAAGCAACACAGCUAAACCUGCUCUGAAGAUCAUGGACUACCACGUGCGAUGCAUUGUCGUUUCCCGCUAUGCUUUUACCACUGUGGAGAGUACAGUGUGGAACCAGCUUCAUUUCACCAAAGAAGCAGCCUUUGAGGUAGACCUUCCUCCAUCUGCCUUCAUCUCCAACUUCACCAUCAUGUCGAAUGGUAAGGCGUACGUGGCUGAAGUGAAAGAGAGAUCUGCAGCCAGGAGGAUCUACGACGCUGCCAAGAAACAGGGCAAAGCAGCAGGACUUGUUGCCACCAAGGAAAGGGAGAUUGAGAAGUUCAGGGUGGCUGUCAGUGUUCCUCCUGGAGUCCAAAUGUCCUUCUCCCUGACUUUUGAAGAGCUACUGACGCGGAGGCUGGGUCGAUAUGAGCUGGUGCUCGGUCUGAGGCCGGGACAGCCGGUGCAGAACCUCUCCUUGAACGUUACGAUAGCAGAAAGGCCUGGAAUCAGCUUCAUCAAAGUCCUGCCGCUUAGAACGAGUCGACUACUCACCAACACUGUUCCAGCUGAGGCCGAAGCUCCUUCCUCCACACAUGUUCAGCAGAACCCACACUGCGCUCACAUUCAUUACAGCCCCUCUCUGCAACAGCAAAAGAGCAUCUCUGCCAAAGGAAUCAAUGCAGACUUCGUCAUCCAGUACGAUGUGGGGCAGAACGAUCUUAUGGGAGACAUCCAGGUGGAUGAUGGCUAUUUUGUUCAUUACUUUGCUCCACGGGGUCUGCCAGUAGUUUCGAAAGACGUCAUCUUCGUCAUCGAUAUCAGUGGCUCCAUGAUUGGCACAAAGAUCAAACAGACCAAGGCGGCCAUGUCGACUAUCCUGGGUGAUCUCCGAGAGGGAGACUACUUCAAUCUCAUCACGUUUUCAGAUAAGGUCCAAACCUGGAAGAAAGGGCGCACUGUUCAGGCCACCAAGCAGAACAUACGGGAGGCAAGAGAGUUCGUCAGGAAAAUCAAUGCAGAAGGAUGGACGAAUAUCAACGCAGCUAUCCUCUCUGCAGCCCAACUGGUCAACCCUUCCUCAUCCUCAUCUCAGUCACGACGGCAUGUACCGAUGAUUAUCUUCCUGACUGAUGGAGAGGCCACUAUUGGAGUUACUGCACAGGACCUCAUUCUGGAGAAUGCACAGAGUGCUCUGGGUUCAGUCUCUCUGUUCUGCCUUGCGUUUGGGGAUGAUGCAGAUUUCCCUCUGCUGAAACGGUUGUCUAUGGAGAAUCGUGGAAUCGCACGCAUGGUAUAUGAAGAUGCUGAUGCUGCGCUCCAGCUAAAGGGCUUCUACGAUGAGGUGGCCAGUCCACUGCUGUCGGACAUCCAGCUCUCUUACAUGGAUAACCAGGCGUAUGACGUCACCCAAGCUCUCUUCCCCAACUAUUUCCAGGGCUCUGAGCUGGUGGUCACAGGGAAGAUUAAGCCAGGAAUACGGGAUCUGAAGGUUUCGCUAACAGCUAAUGACUCAAAGCAGAAGGUGAAGGUGGAAAACCAGCUUGGACUCUCUAAAGCUGAGGGGAAUUGGACAGCAGCAUCAAUGGGAUGUACUAACGGAGGACUGGAGAGCAUUCCCAGCUUUGUGCAUCGUCUUUGGGCGUAUUUCACAAUCAAGGAGCUUCUGCUGGCUAAGAUCAACAGCACAGAUCCCGUGGUGCAGCGCUUGCUAAUGGAGAAAGCGACUAAUCUUUCACUGAAAUAUAACUUUGUCACACCUGUGACUUCAUUAAUAGUGGUUAAACCAGACGCUGAGGAGCCAAAUCCAACUACGGCAACUUCCACCACAACUACAACUACAACUAGACCUGCUACUACAAGUGUGGGAAGCACAGCUAAUCAGACCUCCACUGCUAACCCUAAAUUAUCUACCACUGUUUCAACAGGAAUCAAAACCUCCAACUCUAUUUCAGCUCCGAAAGCAGGGAAACUUCCUUUGACCAAGCCCCCUCGACCACAUCCUCCUCCACCAGGGUUACACACCACAGGGCGCCCGGCAAACACUCCACCUUCUCCAGGCAAAACUGUGGGACCUCCAUCUCCCAAGAAAACCUCAACAGUACCACCCAACACAUCUAGAACCACCUCUACAACUCCUUCCACCAAAACCUCCACCACUACAACCAGCACCAUUAGAACUGUAUCAGCUUCAAGCCCCAAGACGACAAGCACGACUAGCCUUCCAUCCUAUCCACUCAACUCCACCAAACCAGCAACUUCAGCCAUCAAAACUUCAGCCACAGAACUGCACAGCACCAUCAAAAACACUACUUCUGCCCUUCCAGCCAAAACCACAACAACAUCCAGCCCAGCGAGACCUCUGGCCUUGCCUUUGAAGAAAUCCGCUUCAGCUUCAUCACCCGGCAGUGAGAAUUCCAGAGAAGCUGACGUUCCCACAUUCCAGGCAGAUCCGCAGGCAGUCCCACUGUCCACUGUCUCACCUGAAGACCAGGACACGGAAAAACAGGAGGAUCGGGACAUUGCCACUCUCGUGGCGGCCACCUUCGCACCGAUGCCAGGCCUCACAGAUGCACCCAAGCUGUGGGAGGCUGCUGGUAUUUUAGAUGUUUCUACAGCCAUCCAGUUCCAGACGAAAGAUAUUGAAGCUGUCAAAGAGUUUGAUGGCACAUAUGACUACGACUAUGACUACAACAUCCAUUAUGAUUCCUACUCUGAUGCAGAAGAAGCUGCUGCUCCAGACACUCCCUCAAUAAGUUCAGUUCGAGUCUUCUCCUCCUCAGUGGAUGGAGACCCGCAUUUUGUCGUAACUCUCCCGAAGCUACACCAGAAUCUGUGCUUUACUGUUGAUGGUGAAGCCAAUGAUGUGUUGCUUCUUUUGGAAGACCCAGGCAGAGACAUUACAGUAACUGGACAUUUAAUGCUGGGUCCCACAAAGCUCGGACAGGAGGACCGCAUUCGUACCUUCUUUGAUAAGAUCACCAUCAGAACGGUCAAAGGCAACGUCAAAAUCACACUGACCAUGAACUCUGUACAAGUGAAGGGGGAGGGACUUCGCAGUCUGUCAACCAAUCGGCGGGGAUCUAUGACUGGCCCUGGAUGGAAGGUCAUGCUUGAUGGGCAUCAGAGUUGUUGGAUUGAGCUUGGCAAGGGUGUUCUCUUUCUGGUCCUCUUUCACCGGUACAGUCAUCCCAGCUACUUUCAGAUGGACCAUCUGGGAUUUUACACUGCUGAGGGCCACGGACUGUCCUCUCACACGCGAGGACUACUGGGACAGUUCCAACACAGUCGAAUGGAGGUGGUGAGGAUUAAGGACAGCCAUGGGUUCCACCAUGCUCAGACAAGCAAGACCAGCUCUUUGGCCAUGGGUCUUCUGAAAAAAGGAGAUGAGCACAUUCCAGUUACUCUACAGGAUAAAGUUCUAAAAGAUACGCCAAAUAAGCGCCACGUCGCCCAGUGUUGGGUGGUGCCCAAGGUGGAAGUAGAACGGCUUCUGGGACAUUCAUACAAACACUACGUGGUGGAUUAGCCAUAAAUGUCCACUCCAAAUCUAUGGAAUCCCAACAGGGACAAAAAGGGACAAUGGGACACUGACCGUGCAUCCUGAUGAACCAGAGAGGAACAGCAAUGCAGCCUGAUGAUUCUCAGCAUCACUUUCACAACUUCAGGUCUGCGAAUGCGGCAUCCUGCGAGGAAAUCUUCAAUUUCAGAAAUACUACGUGGAGUGGACUAAUCCAGGACUGUAAAGGAGCAUUAAAGGAGAAUUAUAUAGAUUUAGAUUAAAUUAUCACAAGAAUAAUAUCUAAGACUAAACAUACUGUAUUUCUGCUAGCAUUCAUAAUUCUUACAGUUUCAUUUUAAUAUAUUUUAAAGAUACCUUCAUUAUCUAUUUUCACAAAAAAGGAAUAUAACAAUAUUACAAAGCCCCUAAGGUGGCAUCAUGUUAAAAAAUAUAUAAUGCAUGGCCACGACUUAUCAAGGCAUAGGAAUGAGAUCCUAAGGCAUGCAUAUAACUUAUAAAGGCAUGGAAACAGGCAUGGCCAAGACUUAUCAAGGUGUGGGAACAAGAUCCUUAUGCGUGGAUCCAUUUACUUUCUUACGCACUCAUAUUGCUCGCUUUGUUAACUGUGAAACAAAAGGACCUUGUGGCCACGCCUUAAUGACUACGAUUUAAUUAACUCAUUCCCACACCUUAAUGGCUACAAUUUAAUUAAAUUGUUCACAUGCCUUAAUGAGUCAUGGCCGCACCUUAAUGAUUACAAUUUAAUUAACUAAUUUCCACACAUUAAUGGCUACAAUUUAAUUAACUCAUUCCCAUACCUUAAUGAGUCGUGGCCACACCUUAAUGGCUAUAAUUUAGUUAACUCAUUCCCAUGCUUUGAUGAGUUGUGGACACGCCUUAAUGUCUACAAUUAAAUUAACUUAGUCCCAUGUCUUAUUGAGUCAUGGCCACAUCUUAAUUAUCUCAUUCCCAUGCAUUAGGAUCUUGUUACCACACCUUAAUUGUCUUCUUCCCACACAUAAGGUUUUUAUUCCCAUGCAUUAAUAAGUUUGGUCACGCCUUAAUUUCAACUAUUUAAUUAACUCGUUUCUAUGCCUUACGAGCCGUGGCCACACCUUAAUGGCUACAAUUUAAUUAACUCGUUCCUGCGCCCUAAUAAGUCAUGUCCACAACUUAGGAUUUCAUUCCUAUGCCUUAAUAAAUCUUGGCCACACUUUUUUUUCUUAUUUUUUUUACAUGAUGUCACCUUAGGAGCUCUGUUAAAUAUAAUUCUGGUUUAUUUGUUUAAAUACAGUAUACAGUAAGUAUAUUUGCUACACCUCAAUACAGUCAUGUGAAAACCACCUUAAAAACAUUCUUUUUCUUUUUUUAUUUUAUUUAUGUAAACAUAUGGACAUUUAAGCUUCAACCAAAGAAUAUUGAGAAAUGAACAUAAUAUUACUGAACAAAUAAAACUAAAGAAUUUUUA